CCCGCACAGUGACUUCGACCACCAGACCCCGUCGCCGUCCACGCUGUCUCUUUCUUCCUUUUCCCUUUAUCUUCCCUCUAUAUCUUAUUCAUAUAGCUGCCAUGGCAGCCAACGCUCCCCCCACCGCGGAGACGCUGCUCAGUGGUGCCGCCGCUCACCCACCCAAUACCGCUGAAGAGAUCGCCAACCAGUAUGACCUGCUGCCCAAGUUGAUCCCCUUCCUCGACCGCCAUCUGGUGUUCCCUCUGCUCGAAUUCGGCUCGGGGCAGGAGGACGAGAAGGAACUCACCCGUGCGAAAUAUGAGCUCCUCAAGCACACGAACAUGACCGACUAUGUGGCCAACCUCUGGCAGGACAUCAACGACUCGGACUCCAUCCCCGACGAGUUCGCGAAGAAGCGUGAGGAGGUUCUGGCCAAGAUGCAGCAGUACCAGGAUGAGAGCGCCAAGAUCACCGAAUUGCUGCAGGAUGAGGGCGUCGUGGGCAACUUGCGGAGCGACAAGGUUGCCAACUUGAAGUUCCUCGAGGAGGAGCACGGUGUCACCAACGAGAUGGUCAACAGCCUCUACGACUACGGACGAUUCCAGUACAGUUGCGGAAGCUACGGGAAUGCCGCCGAAUUGCUCUACCAGUUCCGUGUUUUGUCCACCGACAAUGACAAGGUUGCCUCGGCCACAUGGGGUAAGUUGGCAUCGGAGAUCCUGACCACCAGCUGGGAGGGUGCGAUGGAGGAAGUCCAGAAGGCCAAGGACUCGAUCGAGACCCGGUUAUUCAACAACCCUCUGGGCCAGCUCCAGAACCGUUCCUGGUUGAUCCACUGGUCCCUCUUCCCCUUCUUCAACCACGACCCCGCCCGCGAUGUCCUGACCGACCUCUUCUUCUCUCCCGCCUACAUCAACACCAUCCAGACUCACUGCCCCUGGGUUCUGCGCUACCUGGCCGCCGCCGUAAUCACCAACCGCAACCGUGCCCACCGCAACAGCAGCUUGUACCACAGGCAACUGAAGGACCUCAUCCGUGUCGUGCGUCAGGAGGACUACGAAUACAGCGACCCUAUCACCGACUUUGUCAAGGCGCUCUAUGUCGACUUUGACUUCGAGGAGGCCCAGAAGAAGCUGGUUGAGGCUGAAAAUGUGCUCCGGGGCGACUUCUUCCUCGUUUCGGCUGCCGAUGCUUUCAUUGAGGCUGCUCGUCACUUGAUCUCGGAGAGUUACUGCAAGAUCCACCAACGGAUUGACAUCAAGGAUCUGUCGACCCGCCUUGGUCUGAACCAGGAUGAGGGUGAGAAGUGGAUUGUCAACCUGAUCCGCAACACUCGUGUCGAUGCCAAAAUCGACUACCAGGAGGGUACUGUCAUCAUGAACCACCCUCCUCAGUCAGUGUACCAGCAGGUUAUUGAGAAGACCAAGGGUGCAUUCUUCCGGACACAAGUCCUGAGUGCGGCCGUCGCAAAAUAAAUACCCAUGUGCUGCGACCCCUCCGUAACGGGAACGUCUUUUUCUCUUUCAUGUUAGUAUUGCCCGCCAUACUGCGCGGGUUUCUUGAAUGAUGGGAACCAAGCAGAGUGGCAUCAGGCUGGCGUUCAGGUGGUUCGCCUUUUUAUGUUUCUUUUGUUCUAUUUUUGUUUAUUUCAUUUUUCAGAUACGUUUUUUAGUUGGCCUUCCUUUCCCGGGAGGUUUAUUGAAUCUGAUGCUGGGGGAAUAUCAAAAGCAAUACGCACCGUUAAAGAAACAAGCAGGAAGGAGAGCAGAGUCUUCCUCUGUCCUUAUUUGGGCAGAGGUAAACAGUGACAUGAGACAAGUGAUUGAUGUAUGCUGUUACGAAUGUCUAUACCUAUAGAGAUGUG